UCCCACAUUCUGCUCUCAGGUUCGGUGCUAAGCGGAUGCCCCCCUUCAUUGCUCUCAUAACUCCAGCGACGCACAGACACACACGCGUAAUUUUCUGGGGGCAAUUUCGCAUCAAACAUCUUCCGCCCGCCAAUCCUAUUAUACUAUCGCCGUUUGUUUUCAAUUGCUCAUCGUUUGGUUAGGUUGUUGUGAUUUCAUCAUUGAAUCGCGUCUUGAUUUGAAUUCAACAAACCAGUGAUCAGUGCUGCAAACUCAGAGGACGUUGUUGCUAUUCAAGGAGAACUUAAAACAAAAAAAAAAAAAACUUGAGCAAAGAGAAGAAAGUGCCGACUAUACCCCCGUUCCUGUUUCGGAUGACUAUCGUCGUUUUCUUCAAUUAAUUCAUCCAAAAAAGAAAACGGUGUUAUCCCUAUAUUUUGAUUGAGAACCUGCGUCUCAAUUGGUUUUUAGCGCUAUCGCGUCGGCGUCUUCACAUCUGUGCACGAUGAAUCAAAAGUGUAAGGUGUGCGGCGAACCGGCUGCCGGGUUCCACUUCGGCGCUUUUACCUGUGAAGGAUGCAAAUCGUUCUUCGGCCGGACGUACAGCAAUGUGUCGGCCAUCGGCGAAUGCAAGAACGGCGGCCAGUGCGUCAUCAACAAGAAGAACCGGACGUCGUGCAAGGCCUGCCGACUUCGCAAAUGCCUCCUGGUGGGCAUGUCCAAAAGCGGCUCCCGUUACGGACGCCGCUCCAAUUGGUUCAAAAUCCAUUGCCUCCUUCAGGAGCAGACGGGUUUAGACGCUCCGUUGGGAAAUUCCGGACUGGGCGGAGGUAGCGCCAACCAUUCGGAUCUCAGCAUGUUUAAACGCCAUCACGCCAUGGCGACGAGUAGCGGAAGUCCCGGUGGUUGCAACAGUUCCGACACUACGGGCGACAAGGAGAAAUCGGGUCACAACAACAACAACAACAACAACAACAACAACAACAUGUCGUCAUCGUCGUCGGUUGCAUCCGGCCGGAGCGAUUCUCCUAUGGAUGACAACGACGAUUGCGCCGCUUCCAAGGAAAAUUUGCGGAUGCUACUCACCGGAAGCCCGUCGGAAUCGUUCAACAUUUUCCACCAUCAUCACAGCAAUCACAAGCGGAAGAAUUCGACUUCACCCACAAGAGGCGGAGGCCUUUUAGCCAUUGCCGGAUUGCCUUUCGGGGUAUCCAGCCAUCAUCAAACACCGUCCUCACCGUUGGCUAUCGUCGAUCCCGUCCGGACGAGUAGCCCCAAACUGUCAGGUGAAUCGAGCGGACGUCGAUCUCUGGUCUAUCCGAGUAGUCAUUUCCUGUACCCGCUAAUUGCUCGUCAACAUCAUCCGUACCGAUCGUCGGCCGAUUUCCGCACAUCUGGAAGUCCGUCUUCCAUUCCGAGUCCCGUUGAUUCCCUACCUGAACAGGACGGGCCCAUUGAUUUGUCUUGCAAAGCCUCUUCGUCUUCGUCUUCGUCGUCACCUUUCGGACAACAUCAUCAAUCCAUGUGUCACAUCCGGGCGGAAAUCCUCACCGAACUGGAUGACGAAGAGGAGGAUCAUCAUCACUUGAUGACGAGCGAAACGGGAGCUCCGCUCGAUCUCACCACCAAAGGUUGAGAUUGUAUACAUCAUCAUCAACCACCGUUCAUUUGUUCUGUCUAGGCCUCUAUAUCUUAUAUGUACAUUAUCAAAAGAAACGAAAAGCUGAAAGAGUUCGUAUUGCUUCAAACAAGUUUGAUUCAUUUCAUUCAACGUAUAUAUUGUUCACCAAUAAUGAAAAGUGCCAAAUAACAAAACGAAAAACAAACAAACAACAAGAAUUGAUUAAACUGAAAUGUAUAGUUAAAAGGGGAUAUACAAUGGACGGGAGCGCGUGAUGUUUUUUGUUCUGAUUUCCGGGAGGAAAGAAACGGCAGCAUGUUUAUGUCUAAUGGUUGAAUGUAUAGUACCGGCUGUGUUUAUACUGAAGGCCGAUUAAAUUUGCAUUACAAUGGGGUCGGUAUUUGCAUGAAGGCGAACAGCCAGUUGCCAUUAACUGCCCUUCUUAUUUCUCCCUCCAUCGUGAAUACCUGCGUUCAAAUCAUCCACUUGUUCCUCCUCUUUGCAUAUGUCCCUCCAAUCCCUUCCCGGGGAGGGGGAGAAUUUUUGAAAACAAAAUUGCAGACGGCAUUUUUCUUUGACACAGUCUUCCAAAUGACGUGGUUUUUGUUCGUUAUUUUCAUUAUGAUCGACAUACGAGCUGCAGGUCAGAGAUCAAUUUCUCUUCCUUCUCCUCCUUCUUCAUUCCUCCCUGUACAUAUUGAAUCCUAAAAAUAGUAAUAAUAAUAAUAUUAUAUACACACCGGUACAAAACAAAAAAAAAAAAAAAAAAAUUCAAGUAAAAAUUGCCAGCAACUCCCAAAUGGCUAAAAGGCAAAACGCCCACGCCCCGUCUUCUGCGGCGGGGCGGUUUCGGUGAGUUGAGGACGAUAAAUUUCACAGAUAUAAAAAUUAAAAAAUUAAGGAAAAAAAAAAA